AUGUCAGUUCGAGUUUGUUGCGUUCAGAUGGCUCCAGAAGUAGGAGAUGUAAAAGGGAACGUGAAGAGAAUGUCUGAAUAUGUCGACGAAGUUAUGAGCAAAGAAGCCGUCGACAUGAUCGUUUUUCCAGAGCUGGUUACUUCGGGGUACGAAUGUGGGGAUAUGUUUAUUGAUCUAGCAGAAUACGUUGAAACCAGUGACACCAUUCAUUUUAUGUGUAAAGUUGCAAAGAAGUAUGCUGUGCAUGUUGUGUUUGGGUUCCCUGAACGAAGAAGUCGAGAAAAAAAAGAAGUAUUCAACUCAUGUGUAUACAUUGACUCGGAUGGACAUGUUUGUGGAACCUACCAAAAGAUGCACUUAUUUGGGCAAGAACAAAACUAUUUUUCCCAUGGCACAAAAUUUCCCAUCUUCAAUACUCCGUUUGGUAAAAUGGGACUUUUGAUUUGCUGGGAUACUGCAUUCCCAGAGGCGGCUCGAAUGUACUCGUUACAAGGAGCAGACUUUUUGAUCGUAAGUUCCAACUGGGAGAAACCCUAUCAAGAUGAUUGGGAUUUGGUGGUGAGUGCUAGAGCCCUAGAUAAUUGUAUCCCGAUUGCAGCGGCAAACCGUGUAGGCAAAGACAAAACACUUGGGUUUUUUGGCCAUAGUAGAAUAGUUGGUCCCACCGGUAAGGUCAUUAGAAGCCUUGACCAAGAUGUUGAGGGGUAUAUUACUGCUGAUCUGGAUUUAAACCAAUCCAAGCGUCUUCGACAAGAGUAUUAUACAUUCUUUCGUGAUCGAAAACCUCAGUUGUAUACGGAACUAACAAACUAA